AUGGGGCUCCUUCCUUGCAGCCCCCUGCCCCUCCUCUCCCUCUUCAUCACUGUACUGGCCGCCCUGGAUGACAGACCCCAGCCCGCAGCGCAGAGAGCGGCCGAGGUCAGCAGUCAUCCUGAACACUACUACUAUUGUGACUACUACUGCUACGUGCUAAACAACGAAUACCCUCAGAGCAGUCAUCCUGAACACUACUACUAUUGCUACUACUACUGCUACGUGCUAAACAACGAAUACCCUCAGAGCAGUCAUCCUGAACACUACUACUAUUGCUACUACUACUGCUACGCGCUAAACAACGAAUACCCUCAGAGCGGUCAUCCUGAACACUACUACUAUUACUACUACUACUGCUACAGCAGUCAUCCUGAACACUACUACUAUUGCUACUACUACUGCUACACGCUAAACAACGAAUAUCCUCAGAGCAGUCAUCCUGAACACUACUACUAUUACUACUACUACUGCUACAGCAGUCAUCCUGAACACUACUACUAUUGCUACUACUACUGCUACGCGCUAAACAACGAAUACCCUCAGAGCGGUCAUCCUGAACACUACUACUAUUACUACUACUACUGCUACAGCAGUCAUCCUGAACACUACUACUAUUGCUACUACUACUGCUACGCGCUAAACAACGAAUACCCUCAGAGCAGUCAUCCUGAACACUACUACUAUUGCUACUACUACUGCUACGCGCUAAACAACGAACACCCUCAGAGCGGUCAUCCUGAACACUGCUACUAUUACUACUACUACUGCUACGCGCUAAACAACGAAUACCCUCAGAGCAGUCAUCCUGAAUACUACUACUAUUGCUACUACUACUGCUAUGCGCUAAACAACGAAUAUCCUCCGAGCGGUGGGCGAUGCCGGACGGGCGCCGUGGACCUGGUGUUCCUGGUCGACAGCUCUCGCAGCGUGCGGCCCCGGGAGUUCGAGGCGGUGCGGGGCUUCUUGCUGGCCGUCCUCCGGGGCCUGGACGUGGGCCCCGACGCCACCCGCGUCGGCCUGGUCCAGUACUCCAGCCGCCUGCAGCCCAUCUUCCCGCUGGCGGCCUCUGCCCGGCCGCUGGCCGACCUGGAGCGGGCCGUGGGGGCCAUGGUGCCCCUGGCGCGGGGCACCAUGACGGGGCUGGCCCUCCAGUAUGCCGUGGACGUGGCCUUCACCGGGCCGGAGGGCGCCCGGCCUCCCCAGGCCCGGGUCCCGCGCGUGGCCGUGGUGGUGACCGACGGGCGGCCGCAGGACCGUGUGGACGAGGUGGCAUCCAGGGCCAGGGCCCGGGGCAUCGAGAUCUACGCGGUGGGGGUGCGGCGGGCAGACGUGGACUCCCUGCGCGCCAUGGCCUCGCCGCCGCUGGACGGGCACGUGUUCCUCGUCGACUCCUUCGACCUCCUCCCCCAGGCCGGCCUCCAGUUCCGCGGCCUGCUGUGCGCCCAAGAUCUCUGCAAUGGCGUGGACCACGGCUGCGAGUUCGAGUGCGUGAGCGUGGGCUCCUCCUACCACUGUGCCUGUCCGGAGGGGAGCCGGCUCCAGCCUGACCAGAAGAGCUGCGGCCGCUGCGCGGCGGGCCCCCUGGACCUGGUGCUGCUGGUGGACGGCUCGAAGAGCGUGGGCGGGCGGCAGUUGGAGCUGGUGAAGCGUUGGGCGGCCGGCCUGGUGGACUUGCUGGACGUGUCCCCCGCGGGGACGCGCGUGGGGCUGCUGCAGUUCUCCAGCCGGGCCCGCACCGAGUUCCCGCUAGGCCGCUACGGGACGGCGGGCGAGGUGAAGGCGGCCAUCCUGGCCUUGGCCCCCAUGGGGCAGGGCACCAGGACGGGCCUGGCCCUGCGGCACUUGGUGGAGCGCAGUUUCACCGAGGCCGAGGGGGCCAGGCCUGGCUCCCGCCGGGUCGGCCUGCUGCUCACCGACGGCCGCUCCCAGGACGCCGUGUCCCCGUGGGCCGCCUGGGCCAAAGACCAAGGCAUCGUGCUGUUCGCCGUGGGGGUCGGCAAGGCCGUGGAGGAGGAGCUGCGGGAAAUCGCCUCCGAGCCCGUGGAGCAGCACGUGUUGCGCACAGUGGACUUCGGCACCAGGGAGCGUCUCUCACAGAACCUCGAGCUCAACACCUGUCCAGAGGAGGGGAAAGGGGAGACGGCUCAGCGCCGCCCGUGCGAUUGCGAGAGUGUGAUGGACUUCCAGACCAGUGUACAGGACGAGCUGCACCGACUGCAGGGACACUAUAUCCUUUGGGGGCACACGCCGGGGCGCUGUCAAUCACUGCGGCAGGUGACCGCGCGCCUGCGGGCCGCCGAGCGGCGCCUUUUUUCCCGCCAUCCCUGA